UGAAACAACAAUGGACUACAGAGUGAACAUCUUCUUGCGGCAGCAGUGGAACGACCCCCGGCUGGCCUACAGCGAGUACCCCGACGACUCGCUGGACCUCGACCCCUCUAUGUUGGACUCCAUCUGGAAACCUGACUUGUUCUUCGCCAACGAGAAGGGGGCCAACUUCCACGAGGUCACCACCGACAACAAGCUGCUGCGCAUAUCGAAAAACGGCAACGUGCUCUACAGCAUACGAAUAACACUGAUCCUGGCCUGUCCCAUGGAUCUGAAGAACUUCCCGAUGGACGUCCAGACCUGCAUCAUGCAACUGGAGAGCUUCGGAUACACCAUGAAUGACCUCAUCUUCGAGUGGGAUGAGAAGGGAGCGGUGCAGGUGGCCGACGGCCUGACGCUACCUCAGUUCAUACUCAAAGAGGAGAAGGACCUGCGCUACUGCACCAAGCACUACAACACAGGUAAAUUCACCUGCAUCGAGGCUCGCUUCCACCUGGAGCGUCAGAUGGGCUACUACCUGAUCCAGAUGUACAUCCCGUCGCUGCUGAUCGUCAUCCUGUCCUGGGUCUCCUUCUGGAUCAACAUGGACGCCGCGCCCGCCCGGGUGGGUCUGGGCAUCACCACCGUGCUGACCAUGACCACGCAGAGCUCCGGAUCCAGAGCCUCGCUGCCCAAGGUGUCCUACGUCAAAGCCAUCGAUAUCUGGAUGGCGGUGUGUCUGCUGUUCGUGUUCUCGGCGCUGCUGGAGUACGCCGCCGUCAACUUCAUCGCCCGCCAACACAAGGAGCUGCUGCGCUUCAGACGGAGGCGACGACACAUGAAGGAGGAUGAGACAGGCGAGGGCCGCUUCAGCUUCCCGGGCUACGGCAUGGGCCCCGCCUGCCUGCAGGCCAAAGACGGCAUGGCCAUCAAGGGCAACAACAACAACGCCCCGGCCACCUCCACCAACCCGGCCGAGAAGAGCAUCGAGGAGAUGAAGAAGCUGUUCAUCGGCCGGGCCAAGCGCAUCGACACGGUGUCCCGCGUGGCCUUCCCGCUCGUCUUCCUCAUUUUUAACAUUUUCUACUGGAUCACUUACAAGAUCAUCCGCAGCGAGGACGUCCACAACAUGUAGUCGAGAGGCGGAGGAGGGGAACAGUGCGAAGAAACAAAAAAGGAAACGGAGAGAGAUGACUUCAGUGGGAGAGAUCAUUGCCCCCCUUUUUCGCGCCUCCUUUCCUUGUCCUCUUCCUGGAGGAUGAGCUGCUCCCUCGGCCCCUUCCUACUAGACAUUAUUUAUUGCUUUCUUAACCCCCUUUAUUCUCCCCCCAAAAUCCCAACUCAUUCCGGCUCUUUACACCUCCUGAAUAAUCCGGACCAGUGCAAUAGCAAUGCAGUAAAAUGCAUGAUAUAUGAAUGUGGCAAUAUAUUAAUGAAAAGAUGACAAAGCAAACAGACUGUUUUGCAGGCACGCCCAACGAACUGUGUGGGACAGACGGAGCGGGACGGAGACAGAUAUAUCACUCUACAUGAAGAAGAGACGUCGGGACGGGGUGGGGGAUGCAGUGUAAUAUACUCAUAUAUCUAUCAUAAAGUGGAGAAAAAAUAACUUUAUUUGCAAAGGUGGGCAUCUGGAAAAUGAGGGAUUUUUCACAACAAAAAAAAAAGGGUAGAAGGCAGAUUGGUGCUUCCAUUAAAUAAAGCGAUGCAAGGAUCACGCAUUCUAUAUAUCUAGAUUUGCUUCAAAAAUGUGUAUUGCAAGCACUCCUCGACGCUUUUUCCUCCCCGCCAACAAACCUCCAAAACUGCAGAGACACGAGAGGUCUCGCUGCCGCCGCGGUCCGACGCACGAGCGAGCGGACAGACGGAAAAAAUACAACACUGAAACGGGCAGUGCUGAUUUCGAGACAAAACAUGAAGUUUGUCUGUGGUGUU